AUGAAUUCAAAUACGUUUUACAUCGAAUAUAACCUAACCUCAGCAACAACAACAACAACAACAGCAACAUCAAUAUUGAUUCCAUUAAAUUCAACUAAGCUGUGUAGUAUAUCAUUGCAGUACAAGUUCCUCGAACACAUUAUUUAUCUCUAUUUCAUGUCUCCACUGUGUCUUAUCGGUUUGGUUUUAAACGUGAUCAAUUUAAUUGUUUUCUCAGACCGAUCAUUUAAAAAUUUAACAUUCAAAUAUUUACGUCUUGUUGCAUUUGUUGAUUGUAUAACAUGUAUACUCGUUUUCAUCUAUUGUAUUACAAAUUACACUCGCCCGCACACUUUAAGUGAUAAAUAUUUUCGUAUUUGGUAUUUAGUGAAUGUCUAUUUUCCGUUGGCGAACAUCACAGCCGGCUGUAAUGUUUUACUCACACUAACCGUCACGAUUGAACGACUUGUCAGCGUACGUUGGCCGAUGAAGAAGCAACAUUUGUUUAAUCCAAAUCGAGUUCUCAUCACAUUAUUGAUUUGCUUCCUCUUUCCAAUUGUUGCUAAUUCAGUUAAUUUUCUUGUUUAUAAAGUCGGCGAUUGCAAUAAUCUGGCUGUGACAUCCAUCGCGAAAAUGAAAGCGUAUGAAUAUUUUGGCAUGUGUAAAGAAAUUCUUUUACGCUUUAUUCCAAUCUGUAUUCUCAUAUGUUCAAAUUGUCUUCUGCUUUCAACUGUUCGUUCUGCUAAUCAAAAGUUCAAACAGCCCAAAAGUCAUUUACCACCCACGCCAAAGACAACCACAGUUUUUCUCCAGCCAGCAUCGAAUGGUUCGGACACAAUUCCGAUUACAACCUACUCAUCGGACUCACAGUCUCAAAUCGAUAAUCUCCUUUCGACGCCGUCAUUAUCUGCUGGAUCGAAUAUAUCUUUGAGUGGACUUCAUAAAGAAACGUUGAAACACGUUUCGUCAUCAUCGACACGUAUGCACGUCAGAAAACAACAGCAAGAACGGCAAUUAACAAUCAUGCUCGUUUGGUUGUCAACACUCUAUUUAUGCGGACAGAUACCGAUGCUAUUCGCAUAUCCAAAUUUCGUUUUCAAGGAUACAAGUCGAGCAUCGUAUAAAUACUAUGCACUUGUCGUUAAUGUGCUCGAGCUAACGACUUACUUGGCGAAUUUUUUUAUCUAUGUUAAAUUCACGACGCAAUUUCAGCAAGUAUUUCGCGCCAAGGUCAAACAAAUUUUCUUUUGCUUUGCAACUAAUUCCUAA